AUGCAGUUCGCCAAGUCUCUCCUUCUGCUGGCCGCCCUUGCCACUAGCACCCUGUCCCAACCCGCCGGCUUCGAACGUCGCCAGGCCUCCACCACCUCCGCCUCUCCCUCGUCCUCCGGCUCCUCCGGCGGUGGCUGGACCUCCACACCCUCAGGCCCCGGCUCCAAAGAUGGCUUCGGCAGCUCCACCGCCUCUUCCGGCUCCGGCGAGACCUACCAGGGCAAUGUCGGCAGCCCCUACGGCAGCAACAUCAUCGAGGUCUCCGAGUCCAAGGCCAGCGAGUACAAGUACGUCGCCGAAUUCAAGGGCUCCCAGACCGACUCCUGGACCGUCGCCAUCUUCAACAAGUACGGUCCCGACGGUAAGAUGACUGGCUGGUUCGGCAACGCCUGCCAGACCUUCACUCUUGCCCCCGGCGAGACCAAGUACGUUGCCUUCGACGAUGACUCCAACGGUGGCUGGGCUGCCGCCUCCGGCUCCACCAUCCCCACCGACAACAUGGGUGGCUACGCUUCCACCUGGGGUGAGUUUGAUUUCGGCUCCGCUACCAACACUGGCUGGUCUGGCUUCGAUGUUUCUUGUAUCUCUGCCCAGAACGCUGGCAUGCCCAUCUCUGGUAUGAAGAUUUGUGAUGUGCUCGGUGGCACUUGCUCUUCCAUCACCAAGGAUGCUGCCCAGGUUGACAACGCUUAUACUUCUGCUGAGACUGAUGUCGGUGGUAUCGGUGGUAACUUGGGCUCCGGUCCUGCUCGUCUGGCCGUUACCCUUGACUACAGCGGUUAA